AUGGAGAUGGCGGCGGACCUGGUGACGGCUUUGGAGAAGGCAACCCUAAUGGCAAAGCAGCUUCCACCAACCGCCACCGCCACCGCCACAGGCUCUGGAAAUAUCUACGCCUCCCUCCACGCUGCUCACCGCCAGCUCUCUCUCUUCCUCGCUCACACCGCACAACCCUCUGUGGAUGUAACUGAUGGUGAUGAUGCGCUGAUGGAAGUUGCCGACGAAGAGCAACAAGUGGUUGAUGGAGCGAGGGAGGAGGAUUCGAAGAUGACUUUGAUUGAUUUGGUGGAGGAACGGAUGAAAAUUUGCUUUGUUCAGAAGAACAAGCGGCCAAAACGGCCGUUAUCGCCGACGUCGUUGGCCGCUGGGGAGAAGAGGCGGUGGUUGGAGUACGAAAGUGAAUCGGCUAGGGCUGAAGUUGAUUACGAUCCUCAUUUUUAA